AUGGAGGAUACACACAACGUUCGGAGUGGCAGCGGCGAGGAGCAUCAGCCUCAAGAGGUUGUCCAGCCUGUCGGUGAGACAACUAAGCCUGUCCCAGAACAAGACGCAUCCGUUCAAAACACAGAAGCAGCCUCGGAUAACCCGCUAGAUGCUCCUGCAUCCCCGCGCCCCCAGGACAACGACGCGGAACCUGAAGACGAAGAAAUGGGCGGUACCGAGACCGAAGCAAAAAAAGAGACCGACAAUGACAAUGACAUUGGCGCAGACGAUGGCACAGAAGCUCAGGGUGCUGAUGCCAACGCCGAUGCUAGCGCCGAUGAUGUUCAGGAGAAGUCCGCCCUCGAAGCAUCAGCGCGCAACCACCUCGUUUCCCAAACACAUGCCAUCAUUCUACCAAGCUACUCGUCUUGGUUUGACAUGCAUCAAAUUCAUCCCAUCGAAAAGAAGGCGAUGCAAGAGUUCUUCAAUGGACGAAAUCGAAGCAAGACGCCUGCAGUGUACAAGGACUACAGAGAUUUCAUGAUCAAUACAUAUCGAUUGAACCCCAUAGAAUACUUGACUGUGACUGCAUGUCGCCGCAAUCUUGCUGGAGACGUUUGCGCUAUCAUGAGAGUUCAUUCUUUCCUCGAGCAGUGGGGACUUAUCAAUUACCAAGUUGACCCUCAAACACGGCCAUCGAACAUUGGACCCCCAUUCACAGGCCAUUUCCGUGUCGUUGCAGAUACACCUCGCGGUCUUCAUUCAUUCCAGCCUGGAUCAAAUCAUCUCGUCACACCUGGAAAACAAUUGGCAGCGACUGAUCGUGCAGCCUCCGGAACACCUAUUAAGACCGAUUUGAAUUUGGAAAUUCGACGUAACAUCUACGACGACAAGGGCAAAGAGAUAACUCCUGCUGUUGAGGACAAGGAAAAACAGACAAACGGAGACACGCCCGCCGCAAAUGGCACAUCAGGCGAUUCUACAAACAAGGCCUUGGAAGCUGCUAUCAGAGAGCCUCGGAAAACCUACAAUUGUUGGUCUUGCGGCAUUGACUGCACACGCAUGCGAUUCCAUUAUGCAAAAUCUGCUCCUGUUUCCGCCAGUAAUAAUGCGCCUGACCGCAAGUACGACAUCUGCCCUAACUGCUUCUUGGAAGCCAGAUUACCUGCAAGCCACAAUGCGGCGGAUUUCGUCCGUCUUGAGGAGGCCGAUUACACCCGGAAUGAAGACAAGGCCGCAGGAUGGUCGGAUUCAGAGCUCAUCUUGCUCCUGGAAGGAAUAGAGACUUUUGACGACGACUGGCAGCAGAUUGCAGAUCACGUGGGCACGAGGACAAGAGAGGAAUGUGUCAUGAAGUUCCUUCAACUGGAGAUUGAAGACAAAUACGUUGAGGAGAUCGAUGGAUCGCAAGAUGCCACAGUCCGUUCUCUGCAGGGUCGGGACCCGAUCAGUCAACUCGAUAAUCCUGUACUGUCAGUCGUUGCUUUCCUUGCUCAACUCGCUGAGCCAUCUGUGGCAGCCGCUGCUGCGGGUCGUUCUGUAGAUCAAAUCCGAAAGGAGCUCCGAGAUCAAUUGAACAAGGCUCCUUCGGCUGAGAAGGGCAAGGGUAAAGAGGGCGAAGUCAAGGCAGAGGACUCCAUGGAAAUUGAUAAUACUCGUGAAGCCGAGUCGACAGGUGCAACCGAGAAGCGAGAGUCACUAGCCACAAUUGCUCUCGCUGCUUCUGCUGCCCGUGCUGGCGCACUUGUUUCUCAUGAAGAGCGAGAAAUGACACGUCUCGUCUCCGCUGCGGUCAACGUCACACUUCAAAAAUUCGAGAUCAAGUUGGCUCAGUUCAACGAAAUGGAAGAGAUCAUCGAGGCUGAGCGACGAGAACUUGAACUGACCAGACAACAACUCUUUGCCGACCGACUGGCAUUCAAGAAGCGCGUCAAAGAUGUGCAAGAUGCAAUCCAGCAAAUCAGUCUACAAGGACCAGGCGAAGAUACCACUCGGGCUCUCCACGACGUCGCUGAUAUCAGCAUGGCCAACCGCUACCAAUUUCAAGCUCAAGGUGAUGUCAGCAACGGCAUUCAACCAUUGAGCGCACAACCUCCCGCAGACUAUAAAACUCUUGAACUGUAA